AUAUGACAUCUUGAGAAAAGAUGUCCAGAUGCAUAACUUAUGAAAAAUUGAGUCUUUUCAGCAUGUUUCCAAUGGCAGCACAUCUUAAAUAUAACAACUGUAAAAGUUUGAUUUUUAUUCGACUUUAGGCAUUGUUAUAAAAAUGUCCUUAAAAAAACAAAACAAAACAAAUAAAAUAAAAACUUUUCGGGGUCUUUUGUACGUGUGGCUGUUAUAGCCUCUGGGGGGCAGCAGCGGGGUUAAGUCGGUUAAUUUUAGACGAAGAAGAACGUGAUUACGUCACACAUAGAGUUUCGUGAUGGCGCUUGAUUUGACUCCUCGGUUUAGAAGGUUGAACAGCCAAACUCGAAGCUUUCGUGAAAAUCUACAGCAUGGCUUCUCUGGGCCCUUUGGUGCCACCCAGCUGUGGCACAACAUCAUCCAAGCCCUACAGACUCAAGUGGAAGUACGCAGCUGCAGGAGACAUUUACGUGUUUACGCUGAAUGUUUCACAGGCUCAGACGCUGUGGACGCAGUUCUCAGUUACUUGAUGCAGAACGUGGCAUUUUGCACAAGUGAAGUUUCUCGUCUCAAAGCUGCUCGGCUUUGUCAGGCUUUGAUGGAGGCAAAGGUAUUUGAACCAGUAGGCACAAAGCUGUUUCGCAGGGACAAGGAGGUGGCCUUUGAGGACAGCAGCUGCAGUCUUUACCGUUUUCUGGAAUAUAAAGGAUUUUCGAAUUCUGAUGUGAAGGGAAACAUUGAUGCAGAAAACAUACUGCCAGAACAACAGGAGAUAAAAAGGAAGAGGAGCUCAAGGAGGCUGAAUGAAUUAAGAACAAUUGCCAAUCCUCUUGCUGUUGGAUCGUCAGACAGAAGGGUGGAAAGAUUGCUAAGGGCCAUCAAUCUGCAGCCAUCCUUUUCUGCAGCUCUCAACAGAACCACCACAUCUUCUACCUUUCUUUCCAAAACUGUGUCAGAUCAGGUUUGGAAGCAGCAAACUGUGCUGCAGCUGCUGCAGUUAGUAGAAUUGCCAGUGUUGGACUGCAUUCUUAACUCUCCUGAAAGAGUUCAUCCCCAAGCCUGCAAAGCUCCUCUGGCCAACCAGGAUCUGGUUAUCUCUAACACAUGCUUGGAACGAGAGCUGUCUGACACCAUUCCCCUACCCCAGUUGGAUGAGUGGCUGUCAGCAGCAGCAGACUGUUUGGAACUCUUUCCCGACCAGCUGAUCGUGGUUGCAGGAGAACAGCUAAGCCUGCAAUUUGGAAAUGCGUCUUUGGAGGAUCCCAGUGCAGAACAUAUGACAAGCAAGAAGAGGCUGUUGUUUGAUACCAUUGCCAAAUACUACAGUGGACAAGAAAAAUCUCCACUCAUUUCAGGGCGUUACCUGGACAUACAUAUUGCAGUUCUGAAUUUACUGGAUGAAGGGAAGCUGCAGGAUGCCAUCAAAGCAUCUCAAUUGUGUUUGCGGCUGCUGGAAACAAGUCUGAGAGAUGAACUGCAGAGACUUCUGGCCUUCAUGGCGAUAGCAGCUCGCUCAGAUACUUGCCGUCUGCAGAAACAGACUGAUAACAGAUCCUUGGUGUGCCGCACAUUUCAGAGAGCUCUUGUUCAGAAUCAUGAAUUGACUCGAUCACAGAGUGAAGCUCUGGUGUUCUUUCUCAUGGACAAUCACUCUGAGCUCUUCAAGACACCUACAACCCUUAUUGAAGCUGUGAGGAGAACACUGAGGACUGUGCAGCAGGGAAAAGAUCCUGACUCAUUUGCUACGUUCACCUUCUGCCAGCAGGUGACUCCACAGGAAUACGAGGACCAGCGUGAGGCUACCACCCUGAAGAGCCUCAAACAACUUCUUCAUGACAUUUCCUCGAGCAAGAGGAUGUCUGCCAAGGAGAAGAGGAGGCUGCUCAAAGAGUUUGAAAAGCAUCACCCUGUGGUCUUUCUGCAGCACUUCUCUAGCACUUUCUGAAACACACAAGUAGCUGGGACUGGUUUGACUUCAUGGGUGUACUUGACAAAUUCACGCAGUUUCAGGAGUUAAAAAAAAAGGUUAAACUUGAAUGCAUUUUAUGAUUCUAACUGAACAUGGAAGUACUGAUUUGCAUAUGGUUACACCUCUGUGUAGUAUGCAGAGUGGGGAUGGCAUCCUGAGGUUGAUACAUACUACAAGAGGUAAUGAUAGCUGAACUUUUAUUUUUAAAUGUGCUGUUAACUUGAAGGCAAUGAAAUUUUAGUUCUGGUGAACAACUGCUGUAAAAAGUAUUGCACUAGUUUGAAAACUAUGUUGUUUAUUGUAUAAUUCCUGUAAUGAUGGUAAGUGAAGUGUAAUUUAAACAAAAAAAAUUGAUCGUUGGCACAGAUUUUACAUUCUACAAUUUAGAUUUACUGCAGGUUAAAAUCAAGUGUUAAAAGGGUGUAAAGGGAUUACUUAAAUUUCAAUACUAUAUGAAUUCUCUCAACCAUCAGAUGGUUGUUUUGCUGCAACAUUAAGUGAACAGCUUGUGUACUAACUUGUGCUUCUAGGCUGAAGUGCUCUAUUUGGAUGUAUAAAAAUAAACACUUUUUUUUCAGUGUG